AUACUAAUGUUUAUUUUAAUAUAUACGUAUAUAUAUAUUAAAUAUGUCUGAAUAACUGCCUUGUAUCUAAUGAUAUAACUGCAUAAGAUUGGUGUCGCAAAGUUUGUACAACAUUUCGCGAUUCCCCAUUGUCGCCACCUGCCGGAUUACCAAGGCGCUAAUUGCGGAGCCGUUAAGUUCCGGGGGUUUCCGGUGCCAGCACCAGGGAGACGAGCGUGGAUCGGAUCCGUCGAAAAAAAAAAGGGAACAUAUCCCCCCCACCGAAGAUGUCCGAUUCUAACCAGGAUUCCAAAGCCGAUGGGGGUGACAGUUGCGAAUACAUCAAGCUCAAGGUGGUCGGCCAGGACGGGAACGAAAUUCAUUUCAAAGUCAAGAUGACCACCCAGAUGGGAAAGCUGAAGAAGUCUUACAGCGAGCGUGUGGCAAUGUCCGUCGCGUCACUGAGGUUCCUUUUUGAUGGCAAGAGGAUAAACGACGACGAAACUCCUAAGCAGCUGGAGAUGGUGAACGACGACGUCAUAGAGGUGUACCAAGAGCAGACGGGAGGCAGCCUCUAGCCAGACUACAGGUGUGAGCCGCCACGGCAGCCCGGGGGGCGGCGAGAGGGUGGCAUCCACUGCCACCGCCGUGACCGCCAUUUAACUAAAAUCACUUGUACACUCCCAUCUCGCAUUGGUCCACCGGGCCACGGCGCCACGCCCCGCCCGGGCGGGGACGACAGACGGCACGCCGUAGGUGGCACCUCGCGGCCGGCGCCGUCUGCCGCCCCACUGCUGUACAAAUCGCUUUCCCUCGUCGACACCGCAGCGCUUCAGAGAUGGAUUGUGGCGUGCACCUCUAGAAAGCAUUACCCCCGUGUGCAUACCGUCUGCCUUGCUGUGGCCGAAGAUUUAACAUUUUCUCUGUGCUUUGUUGCUGGUUUUUUCGUUUUUUUUGCCCCCUUAAAUUUGUAGCGUUGAGCUCGAAGUCGAGCUACGGACCUUCGUCUCUCCCGCGACGUCUCGGGGCGGGCACAUUCCUCGAGAGUCGCGAAUAAAGAGAUUUUGUCGCC